AGUAGAGGAACUGGAAGCUGGAGCCUGGAAGAGUUGCAUGGGGAAUAUGGAUGGGAUACAAUGUUCAUGGAUUUAUGCAAAAUUAUGGACUCGAUCAAACAAGGAUAGUGCAGUUCUUACUACUGGUUUGCUUGUUCUUGCGCGUUGAUGUAGGGGAGCGUGGCUUUAAUCGUCCGAUACCUGUGGCUGUCGAGGAAACAUAAUAACUGAAAGAGGGAAAAACUAUUCGACGCGUUGUUUUCUAAGAACGUUAUUGUUUUCGUGCGGAUAUGCGUUUAAGUCGUGUUUUCAAGAAGCUAGAAGAUGCUGGCACUUGAGUAUUAUUUGACCGCCGUGGGUGUUGGGAGUCGUUGGCGUGCGGGUAAUUAGAAGAUCGCAGGGGAAAAGUUCUUGAUCGAAGUGCGAUCGGAUUUCCCGAAGUUUUGCGUUUUUUAAAAAAGCAAAUAGCAGCAUUUGGUUCACCAUCGAGGGCGAGAAAGAAAAUAACGUAUGCCCGAGUCAAAGUUUACGCUUUUCACUGCAAUAGCUUGCUUCGUUGAGCACAAUAAUCGCGAACUUUUAAAGCGAUUAGACCGACGUGAUUAGUCGGAAUCGCUGAGCGAAUCGCUUGGAAAACAAAGGGCACCGACGCUUCUCGGUGUAGAGUAACGUGGAGCGCACAAAGCUAUGCUAUAUCGAAACGUACAGGCGUUAUUAUUCUGGGCACGCUACUUUCAACAUGACCUAAGGAACCCAGCCUACUGUUUUGACUUUUUUCUCUUUUGUGGCCGUGGCUGAGCGUCUCUCGCAGAGAUAGCGGCUGUUUUAAUGGAACAAACCCAGUAAGGGUGGAGGAGGGGUUUCUUUCAUGUUUUACACGUUACACUAAAUACUCCCCAUCCCCUUCGUGUUUAUAUCGACAAAAGACGAGCCAGACAUGUCGGCCGGGGGUUCCCUUGUCCUUUUAUUGGCUUUUGUGCUGCUGCGAGUCGUGAGCUGUGCGGUAUCGUCUGACUGUAAAUCGUAUGACGAGCGCUCCAGAAAUGCGGGGAAAAGCUCUCCCUCGGUGGCUACGCCGGACAGGAAGGUCGUCUGCAGCAACAUGGAGCUCCAUCAGGUCCUCCCUGCGCAGUCCUUUCCGAACAGGACAGUCACACUGAUUUUAAGCAACAAUAAAAUCCAGGAACUUCUGAACGGCUCCUUCGCUGGUUUGUCCACGCUCGAGAGACUGGAUAUAAAGAACAACUUCAUCACCCGCAUUGAGCCAGGAGCCUUUCUGAGCCUCACUGCUCUUAAAAGACUAGACCUGUCCAAUAACCGCAUCGGCUGCCUCAAUGUGGAUAUAUUCAAAGGCCUCACAAAUCUGGUCAAACUAAACCUUUCGGGGAACAUGUUUUCGUCACUGGCCCAAGGGACAUUUGACAGCCUCGUCUCCCUUAAGACACUGGAGUUCCAGAGCCCUUUUCUCCUGUGUGACUGUAACCUGCAGUGGCUGGUGCGCUGGACCAAAGAGCGGAGCGUGGCGGUGAAGGACACCCGCUGCUCGUACCCGCGCUCUCUCCAGGGCCAGCUCCUGACCGCCCUCAAGCCGGACAUGCUCACCUGUGAUGCACCCCUGGAGUUGCCCUCAUUUCAAAUGACCCCAUCUCAGCAUCAGAUAGUGUUCCAAGGUGACAGCCUGCCCUUCCAGUGCAUGGCCUCCUUUGUGGAUGAGGACAUGCAAGUGCUUUGGUACCAGGACGGCAAGAUGGUGGAGCCGGAUGCCACGCAGGGCAUCUACAUCGAGAAGAGCAUGGUGCAGAACUGCUCGCUCAUUGCCAGCGCCCUGACCAUCUCCAACAUCCAGCCGGGCUUCACCGGCGACUGGGAGUGCCGCGUGCGCACCAGCCGGGGCAACAACACCCGCACGGUCCACAUCGUGGUCCUGGAGAGCACGGCCAAAUACUGCACCCCCGAACGGGUCUCCAACAACAAGGGAGAGUACAAGUGGCCCCGCACGCUGGCAGGAAUCACGGCGUACCUGCCCUGUGCUCGGCAAGUGACGGCGCAGGGAUCUACUCGGGUGGCUCGGGCGGAAGACCGCCGCGCCCGCAGGCGCUGCAACCGCAGCGGGCGCUGGGCCGAGGAGGACUACACCCGCUGCGAGUACAUGAAGGACACCACCCGCGUGCUCCACAUCAUCAACCAGAUGGCACUGAACCUGACCAACGCCGUGCACACGGCACAGCAGCUCCUGGUAUACACCGUGGAAGCCCCCAAGUUCUCCGACAAGGUGGACGUCAUCUUCGUGGCCGAGAUGAUUGAGAAGAUCGGGACGUUCGCCGAGAAGUAUAAAGAGCUAGGGGACGUGAUGGUGGACAUCUCCAGUAACCUGAUGCUGACAGACGAGCGUGUGCUGUGGAUGGCACAGAAGGAGGCGCGCGCCUGCUCACGCAUCGUGGACAGCCUGCAGAGGAUCGCAGCUCCACGCCUGGCCACCGGCUCUUACUACACAAACUCUCACAACAUUGCACUGGAGGCACACGUGAUCAAGGCCAGCAGCUUUAAUGGCAUGACCUGCACAUUGUACCAGAAGGUGGCGCCAGAGCGCCCCAUGAUUCCCCACCUGGGCCCUCUAAACCCUGACGUUAACCUGGGCCGCCAGCUCAGCUUUAAAUGCAACGUCACCAGCAAUCUCUCUGCACUGGCGUUAAAGAACACGAUAGUAGAGGCGUCCGUGCAGUUCCCUGCAGCCCUCUUUCCCUCGCUGGCCGAGCCUGGCACGGCCGACGACACCGCCUACAAGCUCCAGCUCCUGGCCUUCCGCAACGGCAAGCUCUUUCCUCCGACGGGCAACUCCAGCGUGCUGGCCGAAGGCAGCAAGCGCAGAAGCGUGGUCACUCCCGUCAUCCUCGCCAAGAUCGAGGGCGUCCCGCCGAAGCCCCUGCUCAGCUCAAUCAACGUGACCUUGCGUAGGUUCCUUCAGGGCUCCAACCCCGUGGCAGGUCGUUGGGACGUCACCGCCCUCGACGGCCAGGGCGGCUGGCAGUCAGACGGCUGCGUCGUCCUUCACCACGACGACAACUUCACCACGCUGUCCUGCGACUCGCUCAGCAACUAUGCCCUGUUGAUGGAUCUGAGCAGGACGGAGAUGAUCGAGUACAACUUUAAGCCUCUCCAUGCAAUCAUCUAUGCCACAGCCAUCGUACUCAUGCUCUGUCUGCUGGCUGUCAUCGUCAGCUACGUCUACCACCACCGGUCCGUGCGCAUCAGCAAGAAGUGCUGGCACAUGUUGGUGAACCUGUGUCUGCACGUCCUCCUCACAUGUGCUGCCUAUGCCGGGGGCAUCAACCAGACACGCUACACCAGUGUUUGCCAAGCGGUGGGCAUAGUGCUGCACUACUCCACUCUGGCUACAGCCUUGUGGUCGGGAGUCACGGCACGGAACAUCUACAAGCAGGUCACGCGCAAGACCAAGAUCUAUGAAGAGCUGGAGGAGCCUCCUCCCCCACCCAGGCCCAUGCUGAGGUUCUACCUGAUAGGUGGAGGGAUCCCGAUAAUUGUUUGUGGCAUCACCGCUGCCGCUAACGUCAAGAACUACGGCAGCCGCAGCGGAGCACCUUACUGUUGGAUGGCGUGGGAGCCCAGUCUGGGCGCGUUCUACGGCCCAGUAGUUUUCAUCAUCUUCGUGGACUGCAUGUAUUUCCUCCGCGUCCUCCUGCAGCUGCACAGACAUCCAGAGAGGCGCUUCGAGCUGAAGGAGCAGGCAGAGGAGCAGCAGCGGCUGUCCGCGGCGGAAACCGCCGAGGUCGGCCCGGGCCACGCCGAGUCCUCGCCCGCUGUGGGCGAGCCGCCCGUGCUGCUGUCAGCGCUGGAGAACGAACACACGUUCGCCGCCCAGCUGUCGGGCGUGGCCGGCACCCUGGCCCUCUGCACCUUGCUGUGGGUGUUUGGCGCCUUGGCUGUUUCGCAGGAGCACCCGGCUGAUUUGGUGUUUGCCUGCCUGUUCGGCGCGGCUGCCCUGGCGCUGGGGGCGUUCCUGGUGGGGCACCACUGCGUAACGCGCCAAGACAUGCGGCAGCACUGGACACAGGCCUGUUGCCUUGGGAGGCGGAGCUACGCCCCGCAGGUCGAUGCCCUUCUCGGCCCAGGGGCCGCCGCCGCCGAAACGCCGCCGACGGGAAACGUCGAGGGGGGGAGGUGUCCUGCCAGCGGCACAGAGUCGUCCUGCACCAAUAAGAGUGCGCCGAGCCUGCUCAACUCCGCCCAGGGCUGCAAGAUAACUAAUCUGCAAGUGGAGGCUGCGCAGUGCAAGGGUGUCCCUGCACCAGCCAAUGGCGCCGUCCUAUUGGAUAACAGCCUGACCGAGCAUUCGCUGGACACCGAGAUCAAGAUGCACGUAUCACCAAUUGAGGUCCAAUACCGGCCCGUGAGCACCAACGGUCUCCCCGGCAUGGGCAGUGCCAGCGUCAACGGGCACCCGGUGCGGCACCACAAGAACCGGGCGCGGGCACACCGCGCCAGCCGCCUGACCGUUUUGCGUGAGUAUGCGUACGACGUGCCCACCAGCGUGGAGGGCAGUGUGCAGAGUGCCCCCCACAGGAGGCACCACCACCACGACAGCGUGCAUGCCCGCAACAGCCGGCGAGCGGCAUACCUGGCGUACCGCGAGCGCCAGCAAAGCCAGCUGCAGCAGGACAGCAGCGAUGCAGGCACCAGCCUGCCCCGCCGGCCGCGCCUUCAAGACAGGACCGCCUGCAAGGCGUUGGGCAACAGCCUCACCGCCAGCCUUGGGAACGGCCUCGCAGGCAGCCUGGCCAACGGCCUCGGCAACGGCCAAAGCAAUGGCGUUAGUAACGGAGGUGCGGCAGGGGAGGACGCCGAAACACACACUCCGAGCCCGGUCAACGGCUGCCCAAAGCAGUCCCUCACCGUCGAACUGGAAGUGCAGCCUAAGUCGUACGGCCUGAACUUGGCGUCAGACAGCGGAACUGCUAAAAGCUUAGAGAGGCCCCAGAACGGUCAACCUAUCAAUAUGGACAGUUCUGGCAUCGUUAAGACUGGUUUGUGGAAACAUGAAACUACAGUGUAGCGAGUUUUCCCCCUCAAAGACUAUUUCCUGUGUAACUGUGAACCUCCUUUUUUAUUGCUAUUUUACACAAGAGUUUGAAAAAGAAUUUUAUUAUUGGAUUGUUUUAAAUAAAGGUUGGAGGAAAAGACAUAUGUUGGCACACCACUUGCCAGUUGUUAUAGAUGAUCUACAAAUGGUCUAUUUUUGUAUCAUUUAUUUACUGAUCUUCUGUGUACAUCAGUUUGUAUUUGAAAAAAGCACGACCUGCAUCCCAUGGCAAUAGAUAGGAUUAGUCAUAUGUUCUAACAUGUUUUGGUAUAAUUAAGCACAUAAUUUCCAAUUGCAACUGCAAAAUAAAAAUUGGAAAAGAA